AUUCUGGCUAUGAAUCUCUGAGAAGUCUUACAGACCUUUCAGGGAGGGGACAAAGGUCAGCUAGCAAGCACUCCUCAGCACCUAACAGAGGAAGCCACCAGCACCCCAGUGGCCUGCCUUCCAGGGCCAGGUCUGUUGUCCUACCAGGCUUUCCAUGACGUGGGCCCUCUUCACGAUGAAGGAGGGAAUCAUGAAGCCCCCUCCCCAACCUUCAGCACCUUCCAGCCCAAGAACUUGACCGAGGGGCGAUGCCAGGAAUUGGGUUGGGGGAGCAAGCCCAGCAUGCGGGCUCUGCAGGAAAAGGAGGUUCGGCUCAGCCCCAGGGCCACCCACACCAUGGCUUCUGCCUCAGCCUGGGUCCUAGGGAACGCUGACAAGGAGGAAGAGGCGUCUGGGAAAGGUGGCCCGUCAUUGCAAGCUGAGACCAGAGCGUGGGUCCAGAAGACCCAGGCCCACUGGCUUCUGCUCAGGACUGCCCCUGUUUGGUUCCACGGCUUCAUCACCAGGCGGGAGGCUGAGCGGCUGCUGCAGUCCCAGCCUCAAGGAUGCUAUCUGGUGCGCUUCAGCGAGAGCGCUGUGACCUUCGUGCUAUCCUACAGGAGCCGGACCUGCUGCCGACACUUCCUCCUUGCCCAGCUAGGGGAUGGGCGUCACGUGGUACUGGGCGAAGACAGUGCCCAUGCGCAGCUGCAGGACCUGCUCCAACACUACACAGAGUGUCCCCUCAGCCCCUAUGGGGAGAUGCUCACCCAGCCCCUUGCCCGCCAGACUGCUGAGCCGGCUGGACUUUUCAUGAGGACUGAAUCAGUCUCUGGAAGCAAAAGACAAGAGGACCCAGACAGCCAGCACAGCCUGCUCGUCCAACAGGAGCAGGCCCAGGCCCCAGCACACGAAGAGAAAGUGCGGACCUCCCAACCCAAGGGGACUUCACCCAGACCCAGGCCACCCAUCCCUGCCAAGCCUCAGGUUCCUCUUGAUGUCUAUUCACGCCCUGCCUCACGACGCCAUCGAGCUCUGCCCACUAACGCCAUCUACCAGGAACCUGAUGAACCCAUAGCCUUCUACGCCAUGGGACGGGGCAGCCCCGGGGAAGCCCCUAGUAAUAUCUAUGCUGAGGUAGAGGGGCCACCGGGAAUGGCACCCACUGGGCACCCCACCCUCCAGAAGUGCUGGUCCAGGCCUAUCUCAGAAGGCCAGGUAAAGGGGGCACAGGGGAAGAAAAACUCAAGAAGGCCAGCAGGAAGAGGGAGCCCCUCCUGGACAGUGGGGCAGGGUGAAGGUCAGUGAGCGGAAGAGGGAUGGAGUAGUCCACACUGCCGGAAACCUAUGCCCAGCUCCAGGCCUGAGACCACUCUGUCUACUCUCCUGGACCCUCUCAUGGGCUCACCUUUGUCAAGCCCUACCUCCCCGACUUUAGAGGAAAUUAAGGAAGACAGUGUCCCUCAACCUUCCUCCUCCCAGCCUGUCUUCCUCAGACACAUGUGGUACUGACCCAGCCCUCCCAGAGAGGCACUGCGCUCUGCGUGCUCACCCCUCACAGUCUCCCCGCUGGGAGUGUCAGUCACAUCGGAGUGGGUAUUGCUAUGCCGUGGGUCCGACGCGCUUCUCCACACCUCAGGUCCUUCCUCAGGCUCCCUCUCCACUAGGCCUCCGCCGGCUGAGCUCACCUGAGCCCUUGCCAGCUGCUGCUCUUGCCACCCUGGCUCCACCCAGACUUCCCUGUGUAGCUGGCAUUUUCUUUGGGCCACCAGCCAGAUCCCAAAUGAAGACAUGGAGACACAUCACUAAUCAUGAACGCCCGGCCUUCACGUGUGCUCUCCCCACAAGCUCUUUUAACUUAACCCAUUUCUCUUCAUCUACGUUUGCCUGGGGCUCAUUCUGUGUGUCCUACUUUCCUGCUUCCUCUGUGUCUGCCUGGCUGGGCCCUAGCAUCUCCCGGGUAUCUCUUUUUCUCCCCGACCCCACAGCCUAAAUCCCUCCUCCUAUUUACUCUCCCUGCCCGGAGGUCCCUCCUGUACCUCCUCCCUCGCUAUUGGCCAUGCAGCUUUUUAUUAGACCCAUCAGGUGCCUUAGGCAGGCAAGGUAACACAGCAACACAUCUUUGCAUAGUUAAAAAAUAUCCCUAUGGUUCCAAAGCCACUCAAAUGUCAUUCAGACCAACACCACUCUCUCUCUCUCUCUCUCUCUCUCUCUCUCUCUCUCUCUCUCUCACACACACACACACACACACACACACACACACACACACACACACACAUCCUCCUGUGUUCCACAUCCUGACUGAUUGACUGAUUACCUCCCAGCACCCAGCUAUCUAACCAGAAAUGUUGGGUCCCUAAACAUCUCUACCCUUUUUGCUUCAGUCUCUGUAGGAUGAUAAAUCUGCCAUCUCCCCCCCACCCCAUUCUAAUCCCUGCCAUUUUCUCAUCAAGACUUUUCUAAGAGCUAUGUUUUGGGGGGGCUUUUUUGUUUGUUAGUUUGUUUGUUUGUUUGUUUUGCUUUGUUUUUCAAGACAGGGUUUCUCUAUGUAGCUUUGGAGUCUGUCCUGGAACUCGCUCUGUAGACCACCUGCC